GUCUAUCUCCAACUACGGUGGCCUGGCGGGACCCGAGGCUGUGGCGCGGAUGUCCCGGCGUCUGUGUGCCCGGGGGUAACCGUUGUGGCUGCUGCUCAGGCCCAGGCGUGUCGCCGGUUGGUGGCUCGUGCACAUGUAUUCAGUUCUCCAUACCCGUUUCGGCGAGGGGUCGACUUGAGGUAGCGGUCAAGGAGGUUGGGAUUCAGUAUCUCUGACUUCCGAAUGACCGGGGGUCCCGCGGGGUUCUGUCCCUAGAGGAGACCGCGCGGCCCCAUCCGGGUCCGCAGGGCUCCGGCGCCUCCCGUGUGGUGCCGUUCGUCCCGGGCUCCGAAGCUCCCAAACGCGAGCUCCAGGGCAGCUGCCCUUGCUUCCUGAGGUCUUACGUGGCCCGGCGCGACCCCGUUCCCAAAGAGGAAAGCCCCGAAUUCCCGCAUCCUAACCCAGCCCUCGUUGUCGUCUUGGUCACUGCUUCUCACCACGGCACUCGAGUUCGGAUUUUGUCCUGUCUGGUUUAACAGAAGGCAGCUGAAGUCUCAUAUCUGCUGCUCCAUCCAAUACAUUGUAAUAGCAUAGGUCCUGUAUCCCUGGGAUGGAAUGCAUUCUAACCUGCUUGGAAAAUGAGGCAUAGUAUGACUGGGCUUAAGAAUUUGUUUCUUGUUUUUCAUUCUGUUUUGAUUUUUUGAGACAAGGUCUCACUUUAUAGCCCAUGCUGGCCUCAGACUCUCAGUGCUCCUCCAGCCUCUGCCUCCUGGGUGCUGGGAUAACAGAUUAUACCACACAUCUCAGUUUUUCCUCAAGUGAAGUUAUGAAGCAUGUACUUAUGAACUACAUUUAAUCGUAUUUUAAAUCACACAGAAGAUCAAACUUUACAGAAGAAUGCAAUCAAGUGAUGGCUUUUUCUUCAGAGUUUGAAUAUGGAGGCUACGGGGACAGAUGAAGUUGACAAGCUAAAAACUAAAUUUAUAUCUGCUUGGAACAACAUGAAGUAUAGUUGGGUGUUGAAAACAAAGACAUAUUUUAGUAGAAAUUCCCCUGUAUUGUUGCUUGGAAAAUGUUAUCAUUUUAAAUAUGAAGAUGAACAUAAAAUGUUAACUGCAAGGUCAGGAUGCGCCAUAGAAGACCGUGUCAUUGCGGGAAACGUGGAUGAAUUCCGUAAAGAUUUCAUCUCCAGAAUAUGGCUCACCUACCGGGAGGAGUUUCCACCCAUCGAGGGCUCGGCCCUGAGCACCGACUGUGGCUGGGGCUGCACGCUGCGCACCGGCCAGAUGCUGCUGGCGCAGGGGCUGGUCCUCCACUUUCUCGGGAGAGCUUGGAUCUGGCCUGACGCAUUGAACAUUGAGAAUUUAGACUCUGAGUCGUGGACUUCACACACAGUGAAAAAGUUUGCUGCAUCCUUCGAAGCGUCGCUCUCGGGAGAAAGACAGCUCGGGACUCCAGCCCUGUCCCUGAAGGAGACGAUGGAGAAGUACCCCAACCCCCAUGAAGUGCGAGACGAGGUUUAUCACAGGAAAAUCAUCUCUUGGUUUGGCGACUCCCCCUCGGCUCUCUUUGGCCUGCAUCAGCUCAUAGAGUGUGGCAGGAGGUCUGGGAAGAAGGCUGGAGACUGGUACGGGCCGGCCGUCGUGGCUCACAUCUUAAGGAAAGCAGUUGAAGAAGCGAGACACCCUGAUUUACAAGGAAUCACUGUGUAUGUUGCACAGGAUUGUACAGUGUACAACUCCGACGUGAUUGAUAAGCAGAGUGCCUCCAGGCCUGCUGGAAAUGCGGACGACAAAGCUGUUAUUAUUCUAGUUCCUGUCAGACUUGGUGGGGAGAGAACCAACACCGACUACUUAGAGUUUGUGAAGGGUGUAUUAAGUCUUGAAUAUUGUGUGGGUAUUAUUGGUGGCAAACCUAAACAGUCCUACUACUUUGCCGGAUUUCAAGAUGACAGUUUGAUUUACAUGGACCCUCAUUACUGCCAGUCUUUUGUAGAUGUCAGCAUAAAGGAUUUCCCUCUUGAGACAUUCCACUGCCCUUCUCCCAAAAAGAUGUCAUUUCGAAAAAUGGAUCCUAGCUGUACAAUAGGAUUUUACUGUCGAAAUGUUCAGGACUUCCAGCGAGCUUCUGAAGAAAUCACCAAGAUGCUGAAAAUGUCCUCUAAGGAGAAAUAUCCCUUGUUUACUUUUGUGCACGGACAUUCCAAAGACUAUGACUUUACAUCCACGGUGGCCAACGAAGAAGACCUUUUCUCACAGGAUGAUAAGAGACUGAAGAGGUUCAGCACAGAGGAGUUCGUCUUACUGUAGCGAGAAGGCGUCUGCGCUUGCCGGGACCUGGUGACGGGGCGAAGACUGAUGAGAACAUUCGAAACCCUUUGCACAGACAGAUAAUUUUAUAUGUUCUUUUAAAAACUUGGGAAAUUCAUGUGUUUAAAGUUGUUUUUCUGAAGUGAUUGAAUGACUCUUGCUUUCUAAUAAAAAUGUUUCUGGUUGCA